UUGACGUCUAGCAACUCGCGUUGACUCGCAUGUGUAUGCACAGGUGUCCGCUAAACAGCUGGGCGAAGCCGUGUGCGUGCAUGCGUGCCGCGGACAAGUUUUUCUCGCAUUUCGCGCGCAGGGCUAACCCCCGUACUACAUCGGCAACGGCUCGCACGACGACUUUCGUCUCGAGAACGCGCAGGGAUUACUUCAUCGACUCGUCGCCUGGAAUGUCUCGGCGCACCGUACGCUCGUGGUCGCCUUUGCGAUGGCUCGCUUUCUAGGCAUGCAGCCUUCGGUAUCGUUUGUGCGCUGUUGAAGAGGAACGGCGGGCAAAUCUCCCUUGCUGACCGACACACCGCCGGUUCUUCCGGUUAAGCCUAUCGUGCGAUUUGACAGCCGAGGGAGCGUGGCUAGUGAGUUGUGUGUGCGCGUUUGCUUGUGGUGCUGGGGAUACCGUGCUUUCGGCGUCCGUGUGAAGGUUUUGUUUUUGCGGGGAUAGCGGCUUGACAUACACCGUGAACUUCGUCCUCUUCAUGACCGCCUGAAAGCAUGGAAGAGGAGCAGGAUGCCGGCGUGGCCCAGCUCUGGGAGGUGUUCGACGCCUGCGACACCGAGCGGACGGGACGCCUGGAUGCCCGGGGCCUGCAGCUGCUCUGCCACAGGCUUCAGCUGGCCAACAGGGCGCCCGCCCUGGUCCACCACCUCCUGGGCCGGCGGCAGGAGGGCGGCGACGGUCGACCCUGCCGCCACGGUUGCUUUGAGGAGUUCAAGGAAGGCUUCAUAUCGAUCCUUACUGAAGCGGAAGAUGAACCGCCUCCUAGUGAACUGGUCACAAGUGAUGUUCCUGGUGCUUCUAAUGAAGCUGGAGAGAGUCAAGAGGCUUCUGGUUCCAAAAAAGCUGCUGUGCUUGCCAGAAAAGCGCCAUCUCGGACUGGCCACAAGGGUGCCACUAAGCACUGCCCUGCCGGCUAUCGAGAGGUGUCCCCAAAGUACGUCCUGGGUGAAAAGAAGUACGGCCGAAGGUCGAGACCUGUUUCGCAAGCCGAUGUCGACGUGGAGAUUUCUUCCGACGAGGACUUUAGUGCUGACGAGGUCCUUGGCCCCACCAUGGCGGAGACUGCUGGGAACGGGGCACCGAAAGCUGACCCCAGUGUAAGGGAUACUCAGGCCAAAACAGCAUCAAGUAUGCCCAAGGCAACUGCAGCCAUUCUGCCGACGGGCAUGCUGUCUUACCCGGAGAGCGGCUUCGACGACGCUGGACAGUUCACGGGAAAGUUCUCCUCGGGUGACUUCAGCUCAGCCUCGGGCCUUUCGAAGGACUCUGCAGAAGGAAUGAGGGAACUCGCAUCGGAGGGGCCCUUGCUGCCUCCGGCAUUGUUUGCGACCGGUUUUGACAUUGCGUCGUCUCCCAUGUUUGGACAGUCGUUCACCGUGGGCGGUGGCUCGGAGUCGGCCGAGUCUAGCCUCACGCUUCUGGAGACGAAUCCGGAGGAAUACCUGCGAGCCACGUGGCAGAAGCUCAACGUUGGGAGUGAUGGCUAUCUCCAUGUGGACGAGUUGGCGGGUGUCUGUGAGCACAUCGGCAUGGAGAUGGAUGAAGAGAUGAUUGGUCAGCUUUUCCACACACUGGACUCUGACCAGGACGGGAAGAUCAGCUUUCAGGAGUUCCUUCAGGGCAUGUUCCAACACGGCCGAGCUCCCGGCAGUCGGAGCGUCACGCCGCCGCCCCUGGCAUCUCCUCUGCCGCUUGUACCACCCUCCCCUACGCCCUGUGCCAAACAGCUCGGCCCGUCCGACCGCAGUGCUGCCAACAAACAAACCGGCUCUCCAGGCCAUCACCGUCACCACCCCAGCUACCGGCGGAAUCGUGGCGUUCAACAGUUCAAGGACACAGCCGCAGCUGACGACGAGAUGUCUGACAAGCCUGUGUCUGGAGCUGUUGUGCCAAUAUGGGAGUCGGGCAUCUUUUCCAGCAUCGACCCUGACAACACUGGAUACGCCGAGAGUCAGGCGGUGGUGUCGUUCUGGGAGUCUCUGGGCCUUAGCGGCGGCGCCAGCAUCCUGAAGCAACUGGGCUUCAACCCGAACCUGAAGGUGAGCCUGCAGGACCUGACGGCCCAGCUGGAAGAAGAGAUGUCGUCGGUGGCCGCCGGCAACGCGUCCACCUCGUACGCGUUCGCGCUCGCCUCGUACCAGCACGAGCUCAAGCACCUCAAGACCAACUUUGAACAGGCUCGCGAGGAGAGGGACAGGCUGCGAGUGAACGUGGCCGAAGCCAACGCGCGAUCCGCGCUCAUCGCCCAAGAAGUGGACGAGCACCACGCCAAGAUGGAGAAGGCCUCCGAAAACCGGCUGCUGACCCUGGAGAAGCGCCACACGGAGCAGUUGCGCGAGGUGACAGAGGAGCUCCAGCGGGAGCGGGAGACCACGACGCUGCAGCUGACGCGGCUCCGGCAACGAAGCGAGGACGAGCUGUCCGCGCUGCGCGCCGAGGAGCUCAGGCUGCGCGCGCAGCUGGCCACGCUCGAACAGGAGAAUUGCCGUCUGGAACUGGAACUGCAGGAGUACUCGGAACGGUACCGCGAUCUCCACCGUCUGGGCGAGAGCCAGCAGAAGGAACUCGAGAGCGUCGCUCAGCUCAAGCAGAAGGUUGCGGACUUGGAAUCGGGCCAGACGUUUCUGAACGACGAACACUACCAGAAGAUCUUGCAGGAACUCGAAGUCAUGUGCAAACAGAACAAGGAGUUGAAGGACAGCAACGACGAGCUGACGCUUGAGCUGGAGACGCUGCGCCAGCAGCUCAACUCCAGCUCGGGUUCACGCUCCUCGGCGCACGGCAAGCGCCACCGGCGCUCGGGUUCCUGGGUGUCCGACUACUCCCGCCAGGGGGGCCUCAAGCGUCGAGGCAGCGAGGCCUCCUCAUCCGAGGAGUCGGAUGACGACAUCCCUAUUGCCGGCAAGAUUCGCAAGCGAGCCGGCUUCUCCGUGAGCACUGGCUCCGAGGGUUUGUGGCACGAACUCACGCUCGCUCACUCUUCUCAUAGCAUCCCCUGCGUGGCCGACGCGUACCAGCUGACCCUGGACGCCGACGAGCUGGGCGAGGCCCAGCGGGAGCCGCUGGAGCGGCUGCGCGCCCGGUUCGAGCAGGCGUUGCGCGACAUCGAAGAGCGCUGGCGUCAUCGAUGCGCCGAUCUCGAGGCGCAGCUGUGCGGCCAGCCGGAAGUGGACAAGGACUCGAUCGACUGCGCCCAGUCGACCAUCGCCAAGCUGCAGGACGAGCUGAGCAUGCGCAGCGUGCUCGCCGAGCGGCUGCGCGCCGACGUCACGGCGCUGCAGAACCAGCUCGCCCAGCAGAGGGAGCAGCUGGCCUCGGAGCUGUCCGCCAGGGAGCACGAGGUGGCGCAGCUGGGCGAGCAGAAGAGGGCCUCCGAGACCACCGUGCAGACGCUGCAGGCGAAGCUGGAGGAAGCGCAAAGGAAGGCUGCGGAUGAGUCGAACAGCAAGCGGGAAGCGUGGAACGCGGAGCGGCAAGCGCUGCUCACGAACAUCGAAGUGAAGGCAAAGCAGCUGGACGAGCUCCAGCGCUCUCUGGCGGAAGCGACCGCUUCGACCGUCGGGGUCAUGGGUCGCCUGCACGGCGACGCCGAGGCCUCCUCGGCGGCUGGCGUCGAAGGCGAGACGCGCAGCCUGCAGGCCAUGUACGAGUCCAAGCUGGCCGAGGUGCGGUGUCAGGUUGAGCAGGACCUUGUGCGAAAGGUUCGCAACGACGUGGAGCGCGAGCUGCGCACCAGCCUGGAGCAGAACCUGAGGCUGCAGCCUAGCCGGCGAGACAGCGACCCGCAGGCACAACUCAGGAGGCCACAGGACCUGACCGCCCAGCUGACCGAGGACAUCUGCCAGCUGCUCAGGCAGUGCCUGCGAUGCGGUGCAGGGGGGACCACCACUGCCGCUAGCACCGACGGUGACGCCGAGAAGCAAGGGGGCGCUCGCAACCAGGCCGGAACAGGGGACGCUAGCUGCACGCCAAGGAUACGGUGCCCGUACGGCCGCUCUCUGAUAGCGGCGACCCGAGCGCGAAGUCCGCACAGCGUGACAUCGGGCGCAUCGCUCCAGGAGCAGCUGGCGAACCUCAUCAGCAAGGCCAUCAGCACCAUUGAGAGCCACCUGGAGACCCUGCACCUUCAGGAGCACGAACGGCUGCGGAAGAACUGUGAAGAGCAGCUCCAUCGCCUCAAGCAAAAACACAUGAUGGAGCGCUUGGAGUGCGAGCUCCACCACAACGAGGAGCUCGAGCGACUACGGAAGCAGCAGCAUCAUCAUCAGCAGCAGCAGUCCGGGCCAGCUAGCCAACAGCAGCCAUGCGAGCAGCAGCAGCAGCAGUCGAAUGCAGUCGGCCCGAGUAAGGUCGACACCCUGCUCCGCGACCUGUACGUCGAGAACGCCCGCCUGCUACGUGCGUUGCAGCGCGCCGAAGACGGCCGCCGACGCGCCGAGCACAACAGUACGCGCCUGCAGUACAAGUGUCGUGUUCUCAGCAAGCUGCUCACUGACGUCACGAGGGCUGCAGUUGAUGGCGGCAGCUCCAGGGUGGCUUGCGCCUGAGCCCCUCUCCUCCAUUCUUUGGAAAACGAAGAAAACUUCCAACUGCUGUGCUCGCAACAGUCUAAUUUCAAGCAAAAGGAAAAAAACAACAAUACGAACUGCUGUUUGUUUUCUGGCCUGCCUCGCUGCCAGUGGUGGCGGGCAGCGUUAGUGAUGUCGACGUCAGUGCCGAUAGGCGUCGUCAGUUGUCUGCAACGCCAGUGGUAGUCGGCGCCAUUAGUGAUGUCGAUGUCCGUUGUCUGUAACACCAGCGGUUGUCUGUAACACCAGCAGUUUUCUGCAACACCAGUGAUGGUCAGCAACGCCAGUGAUUGUCUGCAAGACUUAGUUGUGGCCGGCAACGUCAGUGGCAUCGACAUUGUGUCAUAUAGAGGGUGUAUGUGUUCAUGAUACAGCGGACCUGAACUGUGAACUGUGUGUUCGUUUCUUUUACAUUUGCUCUCGUUUCGUUCUCAUUCUUUCGCAGUAAAAAAUGUGCCUAGACCACUGAUGGUCGUAGACCUUCUUUUGGGAGUCUGGUGAUUACUGUUUCAUAUAGUGUAUUUGCCUUUUUUUUAAGAGCCUCGUGUUUUUCAACAGAAUCACACAUACCUAGGUGCCAGCCGUACCUUCGUCGGUGGCUUACUGGUAAAAUGCUUUCUGUGUAUGACUUUCUGUUGAAGCUUCUGCAACCCACUCAGCACUUUAUGGAACGAUCCCGCCCCCAGAGGGACACAAGGACACCCUGCCGAUCCGUUAUUAGAAUCAAUCUCUAGGGUAUCUCGUAACCUUUGUUGUCUCGAUUAAAAAGAGACGAAUCUUUACACAGGUGACUUGAAGCACAGACCCCGCUCGCUGUCUUCUCACAAAAAAGGAGGCAGAAGAAUAAUUGUACCAUUCUUUUAAAAGUAUUUUCUACGUUAAUCCUACUUGUGUCUCGACUCGUGAUAUUGAAUUACCAUGGUCUGCAACUGAGAGGCUUGAUUACAGUGUCUCUUGAUAUGUUGUCAUUUCAUUGCAUGUUUCUUCACAGAGUUCAGUGCGUUAAAAGGAAAUUUUGAAGGUGUUGUAUGCAUCUAUUUCAGCACAUAACUAGCAGAUGUGCUGUUGUCCUCGUGUCCUCAACAUUAAAACAUUCACUCGGCAGGCUAUACAAGUGAUGGAGCAGACGCUCAAACGUUUCUCAACAAAACCUCUCCGCAAGACCCGAAAAACAAUCUCGCGUUUGAUUUUUUUUUUCAUCGGUUCUAGGAAAUGUAUGCAAUAUUGAAACUCCUCACCUCGCGUACCUGUUUAACAAAAAUUGUGACGGAUUCAUUGGCGAUUACUUUUAACUAAGUGUGAGGUGUUGUUGGAACCCUAUUAUAGGAGGUUGAAUUGUCUGCGACAGUUAGGCCCAAGGCCCAGAGUGUCGGUUUGUCUGCGCCUAAUGUCAGGUUUUGUCGGUCACCAAGUGUUGUUUCACAUACGCGAAUGGUAUGUAAGCAUUCAUUUAAUGUACUAGUUCCGAUCUCGUUCACCCAAUCCUGUGUGCGAUCGCCGACGACCCUUUGUAUGACUUUCUGCUGCACAAACGACGGUAGCGUCUUCGGGUUCCCAUUUCAAGUGUUAGCUAUUCGCAUACAUCGUUUUUUUUUUUCCUGAUGAAACAGUGCCUCUGAGUCACCAUUUUAGAGCACAGCUCUUAGGCGCCCGUUCAUGCGGCGAGCGUUGGCGUUGUCUCUCGUAACCGAGUGAACGAGUACAACGAAUGAGAAAAGCGAACGCGGGGCGCAGCGGGAGAUGAAAGACGGGGAUAGAGAAUAGAGUGCGAGGAGGAAAGUGGAGGAGGGUAUGGCGAAAGUGUGAGAAGAAAAGUGUAGUGCCGCGCAAUACGCGACGAUGGCUACAAGAUUGCGCCAGAGUAGCGCGCGUCGUCUGUAUGGAAACAAAGCGCUACAUGAGUAGAGGUCUGUCUGCGGCGGCGGCUGCUGUGAAUCGCGCCCACGCGUAACCCAUGCGCCGCCUCUGGCGAUCUCUCAAUUAGGGAGGCAGUCGCGCUACGCUUCGCUUCAUUUGCAACGUGCCACACAAGAAACUUUGUCCGUGCCAGCCAAUAUAUCACGAAAUGAAAACAUGUAUACAGCCGCGUGCAAAUUUCGCAUAGGGGCGUAUCGUAAUCGUCGGUGAAUUUUUUGUUUAUUUUUUGUUUCUUUAACUCUUCCGUAGACGCUUGAGUGCUUCGUUCGAGAGUUGUGUGUUUGUCUUCAAGCGGCUGUUCAGCGUUCUUUGCGAACUCCUUUAGCGCGGGCAGCAGCUUGAUUUAACGCCGACUUGCACCGCAUGGAUAGAGCGUGUCAUCCAUGCUAGGAAGUGUCUCGUACACUGACCAUUCACGUGUACUGUGACGUCAUUAGCGCUUUGUGCGAUAGCUUACAAUGGUGCAAUAUCAGUUUAUACUAAUGUAUGAAUAUUAAACUUGAUGUGCCGGUGCUAUCGGUAACAUAUCAAAAAAAGUGACGAAGAAGUGCCGAAAUGGAUAUUCAUUGCUUUCUUGCAAUUCAUCAUUGUGAGAAACCGUUUUAGUGUUACCAGUAAGUUACAAGCUUUGUAUUCUAGUAGUUUGGGCUCAAGCAUGAAAUAUUCAGCAUGAUGCUUGUUAUAUGGGAGCUCUUCAUCAUGUAUCUGCAGUUAUGGUGUAACAGUUGCGUUAUUCACUGCUGCACAUAGCGGGCGAGCUAAGCGGAACGAACGCUCUGUGCAAUAUGUGUGCGUGCGGAAGUUUAUCUGCGUUGCACGUAGCAUCAUGGUAUGAAACGUCAGUGCCACAUUGUUUAAUGUUUCUAAGUUCUUUUUUAUUUCAUCGCGGACCUUUUUAACUUCACAGCAUCUUUUCUACCUGGAACACUGCACUCUUUAACUCUAAUGAGCGCGCGACAUUUGUGGGGCACAGACUCCUUCCAUGCUCGCGAGCACGUUCUAAUCCAUCCUCUUUGUGGAGCCCAAGUUACCUCGCUGAAUUCCUUAUCUCCUGUUUCGUCUUUCUGCCUUAAUAUAAGUUGUUCUUAUGUUGGUGAAGUUGGCAUAUUGUUGAGGUAAUAAGUAUCCUAUGAACUUGCUUACCCAUUCUGUCUCCUUUUUUUUUAUGGCCUUGCCAGACAUUUCACUGUACCUAUAGAACUUUAUCGAAUACACCCGCAUGACUGCCAUUCAUGUUUCUAUUUUAUCUUUCUCUCUCUUUGUAACACUUCUAUUUGCCGGGGAUUAUAGAGCACCUGUCACGGAAUCAGCACUUUGUUUUUCUUCGUGGUAUCGGCCAGUGGUCACUUAGUCAGACCUUUAAAUCGCGUUCAUUUGUAUAAAACUCACAAGAACAUUAGCGUGCGGGGUUAAAACUAAAAUACAAUAGGUCGGUUGUGCAUUGUCCGUAUUGAACUUUCUUCGCGUGGAGCAAUUAUGGUGCGCUUCUUGGAACUGCCUCUUGCUGGAGAAGUUGAGCGUGUGUUUCGCUCAACGUUUGCACUAUAGCAUGAGGUUGUUCAGCGUGCAAAUUAGCUUCAACAGAAUACAGUGCCUUUUUGUGAGCAGUUUGAUGGGUAGUGAAUCAUAAUAGAAACUUUCCGCGCGCAUAGUAAUUGUCUUUCUGAUACAUCUACAAGAGGUACGGCAGAGCUCAGGGGGCUGGAUGCGGCGAUCGGGAAGUGCUUUAUUUUUUACCAGCAGCGCAUUUUAAUCCAAGAUGUUCAUUUCUUUGCUGCAUUUAAUAUUUAUUUUUCACAAUUUUGAAAAUUAGCAUUAGGGUUAGGACGUUCGUAACGAUGGCAUGACUCCCUAUAUCGAAACUUUAUGACUCGCGAUGUGUCAUUAUAGGAGGCUGUUUGAUAAUCGCGAACCUCCCUCCGAAACGUUGCGUUCAAAUUGUAACGCUUGUAAGGGCGUCAAUAAAAGUUUGUUGAAUCGUGAA